CGCCCCCAGCGCCGCUUACGCUUUACGUUGCGGUGUAUGGGCGAGAGGAGUGGGAGAGGCUGGGUGUAGCCGCAGCUACGCGGCCCUAUGCGCAUGACGUCACGGUACGUAGCGGCGGCGCUGGCGCUGUGCGAGGAAGGAGCCCAGGGAGCGAACGCUCGGUCACCUGGCUCUGCGUGCGAUGGGAGCUACGCUAUGUCAACCGAGACUGGGCCUGGUACACGUCUGAGAGCCACAUCUGGAAUGGGUGACGGAGUAGAAGGGGCUCAGAUGUCGGGCCAACAGCUGCCUGCCGCUCCCCAGCCCCAGCCACAGAACUCAUCGCUGCUCAAUCCUCCUCCUCCUGAUAUCGCAAGACCCAGCCAAGCAAAGCGCCAGACCAACCAGCUGCAGUACUUACUUAAGACAGUGCUCAAGACAUUGUGGAAGCACCAGUUUGCAUGGCCUUUCCAGCUACCUGUUGAUGUGGUCAAGCUCAAUCUGCCUGAUUAUCAUAAAAUAAUUAAAAACCCAAUGGACAUGGGCACCAUUAAAAAGCGCCUCGAGAACCAUUAUUACUGGAACGCCCAAGAAUGUAUCCAGGACUUCAACACAAUGUUUACAAACUGCUACAUCUAUAACAAGCCUGGAGAUGACAUAGUGCUGAUGGCCGAAGCCCUUGAGAAGCUUUUUCUGCAGAAGAUCUCAGAGAUGCCCCAGGAAGAAACCGAACUGGCAGUUGUGCAGAGCAAAGGCCGUGGCCGGGGAAGAAAGGAGCAAAGUGAGCAAGAUACUUCAAUCACCCCCAUGAGAACCCGAGUCCUGUCUGGGUCACUAGGAGACAAGAGCGCCGUCAAACCUCCCCCUGUUACACCUGUGUCCAAGCCUGCAACCCCAACGCCCCCUACUGUGACCAGGGCUCCCACCCCUCCACAAACCAGACCACCCCAACAAGCUCGCCCUCCAGCUAUCACUCAAGCCCCCAUCAGUUUCUCUCCCACCAUCAGUCAGGAUGUGGUGGUUCCAACGACCGUAGCCCCAACACCAGUUCCUCAGCCACUUCCAAAUCAUCCUGCAGUCAUCCACACUGCUGCCCAGCCUGCAAAGACAAAGAAAGGUGUGAAGAGGAAAGCAGACACCACAACCCCCACUACCCAUGACCCGCUCCAUGAGUCCUCCCCACUCCCUAGUGACUCCAAGCCUCCAAAGGCUGGCCCUCGAAAGGAGAGUGGGCGUCAGAUUCGACCAACUAAGAAAACCGAGGUGCCUGACUCUCAACUUCCUGCCCCCCCUGUUUUGCAACCCCAACCUACACCCACUGCUGAGAAGGACAGCAAGACAAGCGAGCAGUUACGGUAUUGUGCAGGCAUUAUCCGGGAAAUGUUUUCCAAAAAGCAUCAGGCCUAUGCGUGGCCAUUUUACAAGCCCGUUGAUGUGGAUGCCCUUGGGUUACAUGACUACCGUGAAAUUAUCAAGCAUCCAAUGGACCUAGGCACCAUUAAGGUAAAGAUGGAUAAUUGGGACUACAAGGACGCAAAGGAAUUUGCAUCUGAUGUGCGGCUUAUGUUCUCAAACUGUUACAAGUACAAUCCCCCUGAUCAUGAAGUUGUGAUAAUGGCUCGCAAGUUGCAGGAUGUUUUUGAAAUGCGCUAUGCCAAAAUGCCUGAUGAACCUGAGGAGGCGCCAGCUCCUGCACCCUCUCCUGCUCCAGGGCCCCCAGCCCCAUCCAUCAAAGGCCCUCCGCCAACCUCUAGUGACAGCAGCAGCGAUAGCUCAUCUGAUAGUGAAAGCAGUUCAGACAGUGAGGAGGAACGGGCACAAAGACUGGCAGAGCUUCAGGAACAGUUGAAAGCUGUACAUGAGCAGUUGGCAGCUCUAUCUCAGCCACAGCCGAACAAACCAAAGAAGAAAGAGCGUGAAAAGCGGAAGGAAAAGCACAAACGAAAAGAAGAGGUGGAGGAGCCUAGAAAGGGCCGUAUCCGAGAGCCACCAGCCAAGAAACCCAAGAAAAGUGUUCAAGGGUCCGGAGGUACACCAAGCAUCAAGAAAGAAGCACCUCCCCCUGUGGCACGCCCUGCUCGUCCAGUGCCACCUCCGGCACCAUGUGAGUCCUCUGAGGAAGAAACGCAACGAUGUCGGCCAAUGUCAUACGAAGAGAAACGCCAGCUAAGCUUGGACAUUAAUAAGCUGCCAGGCGAAAAACUGGGCCGCGUCGUGCACAUCAUCCAGUCUCGCGAGCCUUCCCUGAAGAACUCCAAUCCAGAUGAGAUUGAGAUAGACUUUGAGACACUUAAACCGUCCACACUGCGAGAGUUGGAGAGAUAUGUUACCUCCUGUUUGAGAAAGAAGCGAAAACCACAGGAUAAAAUAGAAGCUCCCACAUCUGGCACUGGUAAAGUAAAAGGCUAUUCCUCUUCAGAGUCUGAGAGCUCAAGUGAGUCCAGCACGUCAGACAGCGAGGAGUCCGACCCAGAAACAGCCCCAAAUCAGAAGAAAAAGGGGCACUCGGGGAGAGAGUCUAGAAAGCAUCAUCACCCUAUGCAACAGCCUCUUGCCGCACCACCCCCUGUCAUGAAGCCUCCGUCUCCCACCUUAGCACCACCUUACCCUCCGCCUUCCAGCCUGGACUCCUCACAUCCUUCUCUCCACCACCCUCUCCACUCUGCGAAUGUUUUUGAUGCAGUCAUGCAGCUUCCUCCUGAUCUGCCUCCUCACCUUACUGGUCAGACAGAGCACUGCUCGCCCCCACACCUCAACCAACAUGCCCUGACAAGCCCUCCAGCCCUACACAACGCAAUGCCCCAGCAGCCCUCCAGGCCAUCCAACCGUGCUGCUGCCCUUCCUCCAAAACCUGUUCAGCCUCCCUCUGUCUCUCCUCCUCUUCCUCCUCCUCCUCCGCAGCCCCACCACCAGCCUUCUGUGCAUAUCCAUCAUCACCACCACCAUGCACAGCCCCCUCAUGCUCUUCUGGAAGAUGAUGGGCCUCCCUCUCCUCACACAGGUCUCCCUUCCUACCUGCAACAGCUUCAGAAGCCACAGCAACCUCCUACUCAGUCUCCUAUUCAUUCACUUCUCACAUCUGUCAAGGUGCAGUCCCAAGCACCCAUGGCUGCUCCUCCCCAAUCCAUGAGGCACCUCCAGCCUCUGGUUUACCCUGCUCCAUCUUCCACUGCUACCACAGCGCCUCCUCCUGCCUCUUCUCACAUACACCAACUGCAGUCUUCCCCUGCAGUCCCUCAGCAACAGCCAGCUGGUCAGGCACCGCCACCCCCCCAGCAGCAGCAGCACCCGGCCCUGCAAGGCGCGCUCGUUUCCUCACAUCCGCAGCAUGUGCAGCACCAACAGGCCAAACAACAACAAGUGAUCCAGCAUCAUCAUCCUUCCCCACGGCAGCAGAAGCAAGAGACAUAUGCUGGAGGUCACUUGCGUGAUGCUCCUUCCCCUCUCCUCCUGCAUUCGCCUCAGGUUCCUCCCUAUCCGGGUCUGGCUCACCCACCUUCCCCACAGUCUGUGCAACCUAAAAAGCAGGAGAUGAGAGGAGCGUCGGUGCUGCAGCCUCAGCCGCUGGUCAUGAAAGAAGAUAAACGUCAUUCGCCUUCACUGCGCCCAGAGGGCUUCUCUCCAGGAAUGCGCCCUGAACCUCAGAAAGUUCCGGAGGUUCUAAAAGGAUCUAGUCACAUCCAGCCACGACCAGACUUGAAGCCAAUGGAUGUUGGACGUCCCAUACGGCCGACUGACCAGAGCCUCCCACCUCAAGGGAUGCCAGAAAAAGAGAAGCAAAAGCAAGAACCUAAGACACCUGUGGCUCCUAAAAAGGACAUAAAGAUUAAAAACAUGGGUUCGUGGGCUGGUCUAAUGCAGAAGCCACCAGUAACCCCAACUUCUGCGGGAAAGUCAACAAGUGACAGCUUUGAGCUGUUCCGGAGGCAGGCCCGCGAGAAAGAGGAGCGCGAGAGGGCCCUCAAACUUCAGGCCGAACAAGCAGAGAGAAUGCGCAGGGAGCAGGAGAGAAUGAGGUCCCGGGAUGAAGAUGACGCGCAGGAGCAGGCUAGGAAAGCCCACGAGGAGGCACGCCGGCGGCAGGAACAACAGCAACAGCAGCAACAACAACAGCAGCAACAGCAACACGUGCAGAGCAACCUCCCCGCCGCUCCGUCACCUGCGCAGAGCUCUCAGCCAAUCAUGGAUCAGCGAGAAAUGGCUAGAAAGCGGGAACAGGAGAGGAGACGAAGGCAGGCGAUGGCGCCCUCUAUAGAUAUGAAUUUUCAGAGUGAACUGAUGGAGAUAUUUGAACAGAACCUGUUCUCCUAAGACUCCGGUCUCUUCACCAACACCACCACCUCCUUCACCACUUUACUCCCGGCAGCUCCUUCCCUUCCCCCUCUCCCCCACCAUUUCACAUGUUUUUUUAAUGUCACCUUAAGGAGCAAGGGGUAACACCCCACAAGAGACGCUGAAUUUUACUCCCCUUUCUGUAUUUUUAUCCCAGCCCUGUACUUUGAGACACAGAGUCUCUAAAAGCGGUAAAAAAAAAAAAAAAAAAAAAAAGGGGGUGAUAUAUACCCCUUCCCUCCCCCCGUCUCCAAUCAUUGUGCAGUAACAUGUGAAAGAGCAGAGACUCUUUAAGUGGGGGCGUUGUGAAUCUGUUUCCCACCAACCCCCCCUCCCAUAUUAAUGGGCGCUCUGGUAUUAUUGAGGAGGCUGAAGAGGAGAGGGAUCUGGGUGCAAGACAAAUAAUGACGGACUGUCUUGGGAUAAGGGGGGGGCGGGGGGGUUGGCUGCAGAACUUUGCGUGUGUGCAAAUAAUAAUCACUAAUCUGGAAAGCUUUGCUAAUGCAGUGUUGGCUGGAGCGUUCUGCAAGCGGUACAGCGCUGUCUCCAAACGUGCCCCAUAAUAACUGCCUCAGAUAUUAAUUGUAUUAAUUAUUGGAUAUAUUGGAUGCAGUGCAAUGUAUGACUAGCGAAGACCUGCAGAGCAGUGAGUAUGCAGAACAAAAUAUCCUUCACGGUCUGUGCGCAGCAUGCAUGUGUUAUCAUCCCAGAGCCGUUUGUGCGCCACACCGAGCGCUCCGGGCGUGCACUUAAACACGCAGGGCGCUAACGUGCACUUCCAAGUGGGGUUGUUUCCUGCGUGCUCAGGGUGGGUCAUGCGUUCUACAAGUGCACUUUAGGGUUGCAGAUUGCACUGUGUACAUUCUGCACCUCCCCAUGCAUUCUGAUAAUGGUCAGUGGUAUCCCACACCACUCGUGGUUCCGUGUGUACAUACAAUGAAUGUAAUCAUGCAAUGUCCAGCCGGCUCCUGGCCCCGCGCACGUGUGUUUUUAGUACAUUUCUACGUGCUUGCCAUUAAUGUUUUGUUUGUUUUUAUGUCUCGUGUGUUCUUGACAUGUUCUGAUGGCGCGUGUACACGCCAGGCGUUUUAUAACCCCAAGUGACUAUGCAAGCUCAAUCAUCCACAGAUGCGUGUAACCCCUUUCUGGCCCACGCAGAUUGCACGUGAACACACACACGCUAGCAUUUCCAUUGGUGGGGAUUUCUAUUGCUCUGCAUGUAUUUGUACGGGAUGAACGUGUACACGCCCCGUCGCUAACAUGGAAGAACAUAUAUACCUGCAUGUAUAUUUUACAGAUUUAUUUUGCACAUCUGUCUGUGUUGCUUCCCAUGUACGUGGCAUAUUGUGCAUGACCAGGCGCUCCCCGGGGCGCCGCUGAUCCACGUGUUUUCCACUGCAGAGAUGACGAUGGUUUUGCCUCCCGUGCAUGUCUGUUGGACAUAAUUGCAAUAUAGGUGUGUGCCAGUGUGACCCGUGUACCCAGAGGAGACUGCUCUGCUCAUUCAUUGGCUACCAGCAGACGAUAAUACAGAUGAACUGCCACAUGGAGCUGCCAUUAAAUCGGCCUGAAUGUGCGGCCUCCUUGCCUACAGCCCAGCGCGCACUGCAGCUUGAUUUAGUGCAAUUUUCUGCACACACCCCAAUAAUCCGCCGGCUCCCCGAACCCCCUCAUUCCGAGAGCUGCAGUAAGGGUGCGUGUGUGUGUGCGUGAAGGGGAUGGAGGGGGGGGGGGUCUUUAAUUGUCAUGAUUUUGGGUUUAAGCCCCUUUAAUUUGAAACAAAAUUUGACUUCUGUUCUAACGGUCCUUAUCGCCCUCUCUCGUCUCUGUAAUUUUAUCCUCCUCCGUUUCAUUUUGUUUUUUGUUUUCUUUCUUUUUUUAUUUUAUAUAUAAAUAUAUAUAUAAUUUGAACUGUUUAAAAAAAACAAAACAAACAAAAAAAAAAAAACUAAAAUCCUUUAUGUGCCAUAAACUUUGUCCAUCCUCCCCCCUCUUCCCUCCUGUCCAACCUGCCCCACCCAACCCUAAUCCCUUUUUUAGCUAGCGGCCUGUCCCCCCCAACGUCCCCUUCCCUGAGUAACAGGCACGGAAGUCUGUGUUGUAACUGAUUUCAUGCAAUAAAGUCUUUUUUUAUUAUAUUUUCAUUUUA